AUUACUUGCAGCAUAUAAUAGUCUUACCGAUAAACACCUGGCUGGAUAUUUUAACAAUACAAGGAUAAGGCGGCAUCUCUUAAGAUCAGGGCUGGUGAUUCUGAUGCAGGCUCAAGUUUAUGAACUUCUGCCCUGUGCCAACGUCCAGUCUAGUUGAGGAGCUCAGACAACUCCCAGGGGAGAGAUAACAAUGACUCAGGUUAACUGCAGAGGGAGCAGCAGCGCAGGACGCUCUCAACACUUUCCCCGGUGGACACACAUGACAUGAUAGCCGAUGGACAACACACUUCAAGGACUGUAAUUGAGUUAUUCAUAAUUCCAAGCACACUUUCUGUAACCACAACCCUUUCUUCCAUUGUAAAAUGUAUUCAUCAAAAAAGAUUAUCAAUAACUAAUCGCUGGUAGCCCAUCUCUAGCUGAUCUCAACAACAGUGUUAAAAGACCAAAGUUAUCAAAAUUAAGAAAUACGUGGUCUUGGAUUAGACCUGAAAAGAAGAGCAGGGCUUAGGUAAGUGGAAAGGAAGAAGAUGAACAAUCCGGGAAGAAUAACACCCUCUGCUUACAGAAGAUGUAGAAAAAUACAACAAAUAUGCCCAUAGAGAGGAUUAAAAGAAAAUAAAAACAAAUAAAUAAAAACCAGAACCUACCGCUCCUGAGACUGGCAUUAAUGCCCAUUGAAACCAAUCUGGAACACUUUAUAUCUGCAGUACUGCAUAAUCUGAAAAAAUCUGAAUCACAACAAAUUAAAUUACAUUCUGGGCUGGAGAGUGAAAGAAGAAAAUGCAGUGUGAAAACAAAGUAUCGCCCCACCCCUUCUUCCCGAAUGUGUUCAAAAAGAGAAGUGAAAACCACACCUGGGUUCCAUCAAGGGAAAAUUGUUACUCUAAUGAGAACCUUGUUUUCAACGUCAAGUGCAGCACCUAUCACAAGAAGUGGAAGAAUUCUUUCUGAAAAAGAAUACAAACUAAAUAUCAUGAAGAGGGAUCACCAAAAAUAUAUCCGGGAAUGCUUAGCCCAGGCUAUUUUCCAUAAGGUUCUUGAUAUGGAGCGUUACCAUCAGCUUGAAAUAAGAAAGAAACUGGAGACCUUAGCUAGGAAGGAGCGAAUUCAGAGAUUUAAGGGAGAGCCCACAAGAUGGUCUAUAGAAAAUAACAUGCCAAUCCUAUCUCCCCACCCACCAGUUGGCCCAAAGACCAACCGUGGCCAUAGUGUUCUGGUUGAUGAAGGACAUUCCAGUCUAACAGCACUGACAGCCCCUCGACCAUACACUGCCCCAGGAAAUAUGCAGCCUCCAAUUCGAUUACAGCCUCUUCCCAGUAAUCCUGCAAUAGGAACUGUUCCAAAGAUGACUUCGGGGUCCAGAUCAAAAGCCUCAUUGCUGGAAAAUGAAGCUCCGUUUCCCAUUGGGGGCAAGAAAGCAGUGAUGAAGUUCAGGAACUCCAUGGAAAAUUCACAGGGAAUGAAUCGAUAUCAAUUUCCGAACAUUAACAAUUACAUGCUGCCUAUUCCGCCUCCACCUCCUCCCCACAGUGGAACAAUCACAAGGGGAAAUAGACCUGAAACAUGCAGAAGGAGAAGAUUUCGCCCAAUCACUGCUCCAAAUGGCUUAGAACCUCUCUUUACCAAGGAUUCAAGAAGAAUUCAUAAUAAAACACCACUGCAUAGUAACGCAGCUAUUACAAUGAUCUAUUUGGGGAAAAAUGUGCACCUAUCCUAUGAUGACCCAGACUUCCGGGAUGAAAUAAAAGUUUAUCAACAGCACUGUGGUGGGGAAAACCUCUGUGUCUACAAAGGCAAACUACUUGAAAAAGAGACCUUUCAGUUUAUUUCCAAAAGGCACCAUGGUUUCCCCUUCAGUCUCACCUUUUACCUGAAUGGGAUACAGGUGAACAGGUUAAGCUCCUGCUGUGAAUAUAAGCAUCGAAAAGGUUCCAGACUUGGAGGCAAACGAGGCUACUUCGGAUUUGUGUGUGUCGAGAGAUCAUCUCCUUGCUACAAGUGCAUUAUUGCCAUGGGCCUUGACAAAAAACCAACAUCACCAAAACUUCGGAAAGAAAAGAGUAUUGAGAAAAGAGAGGAACUGAAGAAGGGUGAGGGGAAACUGAAGAAGGAUAGAGAGUACAUGAUGCCAAGAAGGAAUGAGAUGGAGGGGAGCAAAACAUCGGCUUCAGCCAUUUUUUCAGCUCAAGAAGAAAAAACAGGGUUCCCAGAAGUGAGAACUGCUGUAGAAGAAAUGGAACUGCGAGGAAAACCAGGGCAAGAUGUUUGGGAAGAUGACCAGGAAAAUAUACUUAAAUAUGAAUAUGAAGAAGAUUUUGAAGCAGAUGAAGAGAAACAAGAUGAGAAAGCUAAUGAAGAAGGACAGGCUGAUGAUCAAAUGAAUGGAAUGUCAAAGUCACCCUCAGAUGAUGAAAAAGAUAAUUUAGACCCUGAAAAGGAGAGUGAAACCUCGUGGCAGAAGGCACCAGAUGCUGAUGACAAUAUGAAAGAUGAAGGUGAUGGAUGCUCUGAAAGUGAAUUGGAAGAGGAUAAGCAAGAUAUAAAAACUGCUUCAUCAACCUCAUCCAGAAGUCACUCGUAUUCUAGUUGCAGUGAAGAUGAAUCUGCACUGGGGGACAGGGAAGUCCACAUGGAAAACAGUCCAAAUGAAAGUGCCAGAAGUUCAUCUUCACAGGACCUGAAUGGAAACGAUGAGCCAGGAAAACCCCACCUUCCAAUUGAGGAUCCCCUAGAAAUUGACACUGAAGACCAAGAAAUGAUAAAAGCAGAUGUGGAGACAAAGCCUCUGCCAAUAGAGGAAAGCUUGGAGAAUGUUCUUGAAGAAGAAACGAAGAAAGGAACCCCAGAGAUUGCAGAGGGCUCAUCUGAGGAAUCCAGGGAACAUGUUUCCAAGGAAGAAAAGGAAAAGGAUAAGAGUAAGCUUUGGGAAGGAAGCACGGAUAAGGCAAAGGACAAAAAGGCAGGUGCCUGUAGGGUGGAGCAAGGUGUUGGACAGAUAAUAGAUGAAGCCGUGGAGCCUGGCUGCCACUGCCUCGAUGAUGCUGAGUCUGGUGUCAGCAGCCCAGACGAGGGGGAGAAGUGCUCCAGGAGGCCAGAGAUGGAUACAGGUGCAGCACCGAAUGGGAAUUUAAUGAUGGUAAUGAUGGAGGAAAGUCCAGCAUUCGACUCAAACAAGGAAUCAAAGCAAGCUGUAUCAGAAAUGUCUACACUGGAGAAGACAGAAGCGGUGGAGGAAGACGAAGUUCCCCGGGGCAGGGAUGCUGACAUCAUAGAGGAGAAGGGGGACGUAGCACUGAGGGAAGAAGCAGGGGCCGCCGAGGUCCCCUUGGACCGGUGGAAGCCCGAAGCAGAGCAGUCAGCAAUAGUAGGGCAGUUUACAGAGGAAAGAGAGAUCCCUCAGGGCAUAGCCAGUGGGGCAGAGGUAGCAGUAGAAGGGGAUAAAAGGCUGGAUAAAGAGGAGUUAAACCCCAUGGGAAAAGAAGCAGUAAGACACUCGGGAGGUUUGAGUGAAGACCAGGCUCCUGAAGAGCAGGCCUUGACGCAAACAGUGCUGCAGACAGAGAAGGCAACUCCUGAAGAGGAACAGGGUUUGGAGAAGGUGGUGCUUGCAAGCAAGGCAGCAGCUCUGACCUUUGAGCACAUUCCGGAGGCAGCAGCCCUGAAAGAAGCGGUGACUCCAGAGAAGGGAGAGUCUGAGAGAGGGGCAGCUGUGAGCGAGGCAGGGCCCGAAAAGCCACAUAUGGAGGACAGUGAAGAGGAAGCAUUCACAGACCUAGAGGACGUGGGGCCCGUGGAACACACUGCAUCUGAGAGAGAGGAUGGGUCAGAAGAGGCAAUACUCAGGAGAGAGGAACCAGCCAAAGAGAGGAAGGCAAUUAGGGAACUAGAAACACCUUUGAGCCCCUCAACUUCUGAGAAGGUCCAGGCAACCCAGAUGGGGGUUUCAGAAGACAGCCUGGAAGAGCUUUGUGAGGAAGACGUGGAAAGGGAGAAGGCUGAGAGUGAGGCAGAAUCUAAUAGGGAAGAUGAUAGGAAAGAAAUGUUACCUGGGGAAUUAGAUGCAGCAACAGAGAGGAGGAAAGCUGAGAGGCCGAAAACAACUCUGGGGGACACUGAAUCUGAGAGAGAAGAGGUGACGAGGGCAAAUGCCUUUCAGGAUGAAGAGCAAAAGUGUAAAGGGGGAGAGAGGGAAACUGUGAGGGAAGGAAGACCUGAGGAAGAGACACAAGCCCCCCAAAAUGAAAUGGAAUGUGAUGCUGAGAAUGAAGCACUGGUGGGGACAUCUAAAUUGAUUGAAGACACAGGGCCUCAAGGAGAAGAUUCACUGAAAGAGGGACAGGUGACCAUGUUUGAAGCAGCACCUGGAUUUGAAAAGUCACUGGAAGAUAUAACAGCUCUGAGGAAAGAGGGAGGAGGGGAAAGACUGAGAGACGGUGGAGACAGGGAGCAGGAAGGCAGAGCAGAGCUGCUCGGCGGGGAGAACAUGGCUCCCCCAGAGAAGGAGAACAGAGUUUCCUCAGAGCAGGAUGAAGGGCCUGGACCAGAGGGAGAGGGCAUGUUAGGAGCUCCUGAGAGUGAGCUAGCAGGAGAGGCACAGGCCCCUGAGGCCAGGAUGACAGCCACAGGCGAGGCCCAGGAGUGGGCAGCCAAAGGUCAAGAUGGCCUUGCAGGAUGGGAGGGGAGAGAAAACAAAGAGCCUUUACAAGGGCCAGAGGGAGUGGGGGUCAUGACAAUGACCCAAGAAGAUGUUCCUGAAGGUGACUCCAUGAUGGCAGGAAAGUUGAGUGAGGAAGUGAUGGAUGAGGAUCCAGAGGAAGAGGUGGAUAAAAAGUGCACACUAGGGACAGGAGUGAUGAGGAACAGGGCCACAGAGGGGGACAGGAGCUUGCAAGGAGGAGUGGCUGUGGCUGAGGAAGCUCUCCACCAAGGAGGAGGAGCCGCAGAGAAGAGGGAGUUGUUGGCAGAUUCGAAGACAGCUGAGGGGAAAACAGAAGCAGAGAAAGCCGCCUCCUUUUUAGAUGUUGCUGGUGAGGAAACUUGCCACCAAGCAGAUGAGUUCCUAGGAAACACGGCAGCUGCAGAGAAGGUGGUGGCAGAGGAAAUAGAGCUGAGCAGGGAGGAGGUGCCAGUGGUGGAGAAGGUGCCAGUGACUUGGGCACCAGAGGUGGGGGUGGGGGCUCUAGGGGGACGCUCAGAUCUAGAAGGGAAGGCCCCGCAGCCAGGGCAGGAUCAAGAGGACAGGGAAGCUGAAACCACUCAGCGGGCAGAGUCAGAGGGGAAGGAGCCUGGUGCGGGGAGCUGUGGUGGGAGGCAGGAGUGGGGCACAGCUGAAGGAUUCAGACUAGAAUUAUCCCAAGAGAGAGAGCCAGAGCUGAGGAGAGAGAGUCUGCUGGAUGGGGAAACACUUCCUGUAAAGCCUGAUUGCACUGGAAUCCAAGAGAAGCAAGAGCAGACAGUGCAAAGAGAAAGCAAUACAGACAUUUCCCUGAACAGCAGGAGGGCCUAAGAGACCUGGUGACAGAUGGAUGUUUUAAAGAUGUCUUCCGGAAGACGUAAAGAGUGGAGAAAGAUUCACCCAAGCAUCUCACCAGGACUUUAGACUUUAUCUGGUUUGUUGUUAGUCACUGUGCUUGUUGGAGCUGGUUCCCAGUUGUCAGUGCUGGUGGGCAGCUCAGUGCGCACCCGGAGAAUAGCUGACUAGAUCCGUAGGACCUCCUGAGGGCAGUGCUUCCUAAGGGAGGACUGUGAGGCUGUUAGCUAACGUGUCUAUGUUCAAAUCAAAUGACUAGUUUUCAACUGUUUGACUUUUACCAAAGAUCACCGGAAAGGCCCAGUCCUGAUGUCUGGGGUUUGUUUAAAUUCCUCUUUAUUUGUAAUCAAAUAUUACUCCCAGUUUCAUACACGAGAGUUUUAUUUAAAGUCUGUGGCUUGAGGCUUUAAUGACUUGCUCUGUGAAGAUGCGCCCUAAGGGUCCUUCCAUGUACAUUCAGUUCUACAGUUGGCUCCAGACCUGUCAGCCCUUCCAGGACAGGAUUCCAUGGCGUGUGUAUUCACUUACACUGAGAAAUGUCCAUUCUUUCUAUUUAUGCCAGAAGCAUAAUUUAAAGCAGAAAUCUUAUUUCAAAAUGCCCUUUUUUGUGUAUGUUUCUGUAGUUUUGCUUUCUGAGGUAGACUGGUGCAUGCAUGUGGCAUUUUGUCCCUGGGGGCCUUAUUUACAGGGCUGCUCAAAUUUAAAUUGAAGUAGUGAAUAAUUUAGCUGAGUGAAAUGAGUAACAAUAAUUAUAGCAGGUAAACGUUGCACCUCAGUACAAAUACCAACAUUCUAGACUCUAGACUCUUCGCUUGAUGUCAUUCAAUGGAAAAGAAACUUGGAUUGAAUUAGUGUGCAGCUCACCUUCCUGAGUUAGGUUAUUUCAAACCUGUGAACUGACCUUGCAGUGCAUUGUAAAUCAAGUCACCUGGCUUUCUAAAUUACUCCCUGAUAUUACUAGAGAUAGUUGUGCAUCAGUGUGCCUCCUGGAGAUUUUGAUUUCCGUGAAGACAUCUUCGUUCACACCAGUCCUCCAAAAGGCACACAUGUUUGGCCAUCCUUUCUUCAUGUGAGGAGGUGAAAGAAAAUUUCCUAUUGCAGUGGUUCUCCAGCCACACUACACAUUAGACUUUCAUGGGGCGCUUUCAUGAAUGAGUCAACCCCUGGCCCCACCCCAGAGAUUCAGAUUUAAUCAGUUGUAGAUGGAUGUAGGUGUCAGUAUUUUUUAUUUUUAAUUCUUUAGUUGAUUCUACUGUGUAGCCAAAAUUGAGAACUGCUGCCGUAAAUCAUCAUACGAUCCAUGCUGGCUGCCCUAUGUCCCUAGGGACCAGGCAUAUUCUCUUUAUAGGUGUGUUUCGUUCUAAUAAAUGAAGGAGUCAUUCAAUGAUCAAAGAUAUAAUGGACUAGUUGCUCUCAAAAUAUGGUCCCUUGAUCAGAAUAUCAGCAUCACCUGGAACUGUUCCAAAUACGAAUUCUUGCCCUCAUCUCAUGCCUAUUAAAUUGGAAGCCAUGUGGGAAGCGCCUAGCAAUUAGUGUUUUAACAAGCCCUCCAGGUAAUUCUGAUGUACACUGAAGUCUGCAAACUGCUGUCAUGAACUACUGAUUGUACUGAGGAUUAGUCUCAGUUGGAAAAUGGGUUGCAGAAGUAUUGUGAACUUUCUCUCUUUGUUUCUCUACAUCUCUCUCUCUCUCUUUUUCUGUCUACAUUUCUUUCUUUCUCUGGGAAAGGGUACUCACUAUAAAAGUGAUGAAUUCAACUUUAAACUCAUUUUUAUUACGACUAUGAUGAUGUGUACAUGAAGUCCUUCAGCCCCAGCCCCUAUUGAGGAUGAGCAUCACUCAUGCACAUCAUAGAUCCUAUUGUCUGUCUGAGGUUUUACAGAUUUUGUCUACAUUGUAUCCAAUUUUGUUUAUUACUGAGCUGCAUUACUGUGGAGCUCUACAGUAUUUUUUCACUGUUCUCAGUCUCAAUGCUACAGAGCACUUUGAAUACGUAGCACCUUAUGGGCAAGAUUGUAAACUCGUUAAUUCCAUUGAAGAAUGAGAUUUGUACGAUGUGCUAAAUGGAAAUUGCAUUGGAUUAUUUUUAUAUGUAACACAUUCCGUCAAAACAUUCUGUAACAUAAUUCUACAAUCUGCAUGUGGGUUUAACUGUGAAAUUCAGUGUUGUGAUAUUUUGAUGAAGUGAAUUCUUUCUCUGCAAAUACCAUGUUGAUAAAAUUAUUUCUAUGUUCAAUUGAACUGAUUUUUUCCCUAAGUUCAUUAUUAACGGCAUAA